AUGACCGAACCAUCUGGCAAGUCGUCUGGCACGGCUUCAGCACCCAUGAUGGUUGACGCAGACAACGGCUUUGACGACGAUAAAGUGCAGGUUGAAGUCAGUGGGCGCGAGAUCAACCCUGCCUCCGACUCGACCAAGUCGAGAUAUCAAGACCAACCUGACCCGGUUGAGGACUUGAGGGAGCGCCUCUCGCAAUGGGGUGAGUCUAGUGUCUAUCAAAGCUAUGAUGAUGAAGAUGAGCAAGGGUCCGAACAUGAACUUCUCUUAGAUCCCAAUCUGCCUGAGCAGUACGAGACGAGAACGCGAAACGCCGCUUCCCCUCCAUCUCGAGAGGUUGACGAUGAGCUGGCUAUGAAGAUUGAGGAGGAGGAGGAUUCUCCGUAUCCCGAAGUUCGCGCUGCCGUUCGCAACUAUGACGAGGACCUGCCUUGCAACACAAUUCGAGCCUGGACUAUCGGUCUUGCUCUGGUAACUGUUGGUGCCUCGAUGAACACGCUCUUUUCCCUUCGACAACCGUCCAUUGGACUUGGUCCCCUGAUCGCCCAAAUCAUCGCGUGGCCUAUUGGACAUGGCUGGGCCAAGGUCAUGCCCACGAAGCAGUUCAAGACUCUUGGUAUCAAGUGGAGUUUGAACCCGGGCCCUUUCAACGUCAAGGAGCACUCCAUUAUUGUUGUCAUGGCCGGUGUCUCCUUCUCCGUCGCCUACGCCACGGAUAUCAUUUUGGCUCAGCUUGUCUUUUACAAGCAAGAUUUCGGCAUUCUCUUCCAGCUUCUCCUUACCAUUUCGACACAGUCACUUGGUUACGGGAUUGCCGGAAUCAUGAGAAAGUUUCUUGUCUACCCGGCCGCUAUGAUCUGGCCCGGUAAUCUGGUGUCUGUCACUCUGAUGAAUGCCAUGUAUGAGAAGAAUGACCGACCUGAUCCGAGCUUCAUCGGAGGCACCAUGCCACGGUACCGGUGGUUCGCCAUCAUCACGCUUGCUUCCUUCUGCUACUACUGGAUCCCUGGUUUCUUGGCCCAGUUCCUUAGCAUCAUGGCUUUCGCGACCUGGAUCGCCCCCAACAACGUUGUCAUCAACCAGCUGUUCGGCGGCACCAGCGGCUUGUCACUGCUACCGUUGACACUGGACUGGACUCAGAUUUCUGGUUUCGUUGGCUCACCGCUUAUCCCCCCUUGGCACGCCAUCGCCAAUACCUUGAUUGGCGUUGUCACAUUCUUCCUCAUCGGCUGCUCAAUCUUCCACUACACUGGUGUCUGGUACGCCCAGUUCCUACCAAUGAGUGACUCGGGCACCUACGACAACACCGGUCAACCGUACAACACCAGUCGUAUCCUUACACCCCAGCUGACGCUCAACGAGGAGGCGUACAAGAACUACUCGCCACUAUUUAUCAGCACCACGUUUGCCAUGUCCUACGGCUUGUCCUUUGCGGCAAUCGCUUCUCUCAUUGUCUACACAUAUCUCCACAACGGCAAACAAAUUUGGGCGCAGUACCGAAACAGCAGCAAGGAUAAGCCCGAUAUCCACAUGAAGCUGAUGAGGAAGUACAAGGAGGCUCCAACCUGGUGGUACAUGGGACUCUUCGUUAUUAUGCUCGGCCUUGGCUUUGUUACCGUCCUAGCGUACCCGACCAAUCUGACUUGGUGGGCGUUUCUCCUGGCGGUGGCCAUUUCAUUCGGCUUCUCGCUCCCCAUCGGUAUCAUCCAGGCCAUCACCAACAAUCAAAUCGGUCUGAACGUGCUCACCGAGUUUGUCUACGGAUACAUUCAGCCCGGACGACCUCUCGCUCUUAUGAUCUUCAAGACUUUCGGCUACAUCACUAUGUCUCAGUCCCUAAGCUUCGUCUCUGACCUGAAGUUUGGACACUACAUGAAGAUCCCGCCACGCACCAUGUUCAUGUGCCAGGUCGUCGCUACAACAUUCUCCUGCUUCAUUCAGAUCGCUGUGCUUAACGCCGCGCUUAAGAACAUUCCCGAUGUUUGCACGCCCCAUCAGGAGAAUAAGUUCAGUUGCCCCGGUGGUCGUGUCUUCUUUGCCGCUUCUGUCAUCUGGGGACUCAUCGGUCCCGCGCGCAUGUUCUCCCCAGGCCAGGUGUACUCGGGCCUGUUCAUCUUCUUCGGACUGGGCGCUAUCGUUCCUGUCAUCAUCUACUUCGCCGCGCUCAAGUGGCCCAAGUCUCCCGUCAAGUACCUCAUGGCCCCCGUUAUCUUUGGCGGUGCCGGCGCCAUCCCCCCUGCGACCCCGCUCAACUACCUCAGUUGGGGUAUUGUGGGAUAUAUUUUCCAGCACCAUAUCCGCAAAAGGCACUUUGGCUGGUGGUCGCGCCUCAACUACCUCACGUCUUCCGGUCUCGACUUGGGAUUGGCGCUCGCUACGUUGGUCAUCUUCCUGGCCUUCACCCUUAACAAGGUUGAUCCGCCCAAGUGGUGGGGCAACGAUAUCGUCACGUCGACGAUGGAUGCUCAGGGCACUGCUGUCCAGGCCGUGCCAGCUCCUGGAGAGAAGUUUGGGCCGAAGUCAUGGUAA